GGCGGAGCGCAUCGGGCCGGCUGCCGGCUCUCGGGGACGGUCGGCGCAGUCGCGAGCAGCCGGCGGCAGCGGCGGCGCCAUCAUGCCGCGGGAGUUGGAGCUGUGUCCCGGGCGCCGCAUUGGCGGCGACCAUCCCUGCUUCAUCAUCGCGGAGAUCGGGCAGAACCACCAGGGCGACCUGGACAUCGCCAAGCGCAUGAUCCGCAUGGCCAAGGAGUGCGGGGCAGACUGCGCUAAGUUUCAGAAGAGCGAACUGGAAUACAAAUUCAACAAAAAAGCCUUGGAGAGGCCGUACGCCUCCAAACACUCGUGGGGGAAGACCUACGGGGAGCACAAGCGCCACUUGGAGUUCAGUCACGACCAGUACAGGGAGCUGAAGAAGUACGCGGAAGAGGUUGGGAUUUUCUUCACGGCUUCUGGCAUGGACGAGAUGGCUGUGGAAUUUCUUCAUGAACUGGAUGUUCCAUUUUUCAAAGUAGGGUCAGGAGAUACCAACAAUUUUCCAUAUUUGGAGAAGACUGCAAAGAAAGGACGCCCAAUGGUGAUUUCCAGCAGGAUGCAGUUGAUGAACACAAUGCACCAGGUACAUCAGAUUGUAAAGCCCAUCAAUCCAAACUUCUGCUUCCUGCAGUGCACCAGUGCCUACACGCUUCAGCCUGAGGAUGUCAAUCUCCGUGUUAUAUCGGCUUAUCAGUCAGCUUUUCCCGACAUCCCCAUUGGCUAUUCAGGGCAUGAAACCGGCAUUGCCAUUUCGGUGGCAGCUGUUGCUCUGGGUGCGAAAGUUGUGGAGCGGCACGUGACCCUUGACAAAACAUGGAAAGGAAGUGACCACCAGGCAUCCCUGGAGCCAAACGAACUGGCAGAAUUAGUGAAAGCCAUCCGCACUGUGGAAAAAGCAAUGGGUUCUCCAAUCAAACAGCUCUUGCCUUGUGAAAUGGCUUGCAAUGAAAAGCUGGGGAAGUCUGUUGUGGCAAAAGUGACCAUUCCUGAAGGAACCAUACUGACACUUGACAUGCUGACAGUGAAAGUGGGAGAGCCUAAGGGAUUUGCUCCAGAAGCCAUCUUUGAUCUGGUGGGCCAGAAGGUUAAGAGAACAAUUGAAGAAGAUGAAACCAUCACUGAGCAGGCAGUGGAAAAUCAUGUCAAGAAAGUGAAGUGCUAAACCAAAGCCCUCCAUUUAAUGUUUUAUGAUGUAGGUCUGUCCUACUGCACAACAUGUUUAAGUAUAGCGACAUGGUAGGUUAGAAAGGAUCUAAGAAGAUUAACAUUUUCAGGAUCUGUUCUGCAGGAAGUUUUUGCAGCUAGGGGAUAUAAAUUAUAAAAAGCAAUUUUAUUAGAAACUGCAUAGUACUGUGUCUAGAAAAUACCAUGUUCUUCCUCUUCCAUUCCACUUAGAUAAGUCUUGAAUUUUUGCCAAAUCUCAGACCCAGGUCUGCUGUUUUCUAGCUUUCCUUUUCUGGUGAGAAUACACUAAUCCUAAUAAUUUGUCUAUACUUGAAUUGUUCUGUUGCUGUAAAGUCUCUCUGUUCUGCCAUUUCCCUUAAUCCCAUGAACAUAGGAUGCAAAUUCAAGUUGAAUGCAAAGAUUCCCUAAACUUAAACAGACAACUUUACACAUGCGGUGUGAUGGAUUCUUUUGAAGAUGUGUCUCAAGACUUAAAAAAAAAGUCUCAAAGAAAUGGGUGGAGGGAACCUGCUUGAGGAAUGGAAGCGGAUAAACUCACAGAAGUGUGGCAGUGUAGAGAUUAGUGUCUGUUCCUGUGAUGCCACUCUUCUGAAAGCUAACUCCUUGAGGAAAACUAGGUUCCAACAUGCAUGUAGCUUCUUAAAGGCAGUACCAACAAAGUCAGUGAACUGGAUAUGUAGACAGCUCCCAUAUAAGGAGCUAGAAAAGGAGCCUUUUUUUUACAUUUUCUAAGCUGAAAGGUGAGACAGCAAGCUAGAUGGGGCAAAAUGUACCCAAGAUGGAUCAGUGGAAGUAAGUUUAAUCUGUGCUUCCAGAAAUUGGCAAAAACAUCUGUCAGCUUAUUGAAUCCUGGCAUCCUAAUAAAUUCUACUGUGCAGUUGGCUUUCUCUAUUUCUAUGUGGGGACAGCUUCUCAGGUAAGAAGUCAAAUGCUAGUAAAGAUUUUGCAACCUCCUUUUUACCUGAAGAUGCUGUGUUGGGAUUCUCCUACCCUUCCCCUCUUUGAAACAGCUGAAGCUAGCUGCUUGACUAAGUCACCUCAUUGACUGGAUCAAUGCAUGGUUGCCAGCACUCCUCUGUGCACUCCACUCUUGCCGAUACAAGUUCUUUUCAACUAAUAAGUGCAGCCCCACUGCCUAUUGUCUUUCUGCUCUUAUCUUUGUCUGGGCAGGACGAGGUUAGCAGCAGGUAUAAAACAUUUCUCAACUAGCUUGAUGAACACUGACUCACAUUGGUGUUAUCAGUUUGCAUUUGUCUGACAGAAUCAUUUGCUAGUUACGGUUAUGGUUAUUGCUACCUCUUGGUCAUGAAUUGGUAAAAUAUCUUGAAUCUUGAUGGUGAUGUUUCUGUGCCUGUGAGUAGUUUACCUUCAAAAUGUAUUCACUUCUGUAGUUCUGUCUUUUAACUGGGAAGAAGCUCUUUGAAUCAUGUGCCUGUGACAGUCUGUGAGUGCUGAUGCAGUAUGCUUGCCUUACAUAAAGAAACAACUGUUGAAUGUUUUUUAAUGGCAAAUUUUAAAAAUAAAUCCAGCUUUCAAAACAA